AUGCACCGUCUCAUCGCUCUUAUUCUAGUGGCAAUCCUGGCCACGGCUGCGCUGGCCGCACCAACUGCCAAACAGGCCCCUUCAAACACACUCUCGAAACGUUCUUUCAUCGUUCCCCGAAUCCGCAAAGUUGGCUAUGUUCGCAAGCCUGCUGAGGCCAUGGCUCGCGCCUACCGCAAGUAUGGAUGGUCAAUGAGCACUCCAGACGGAUCUCCCUGGGCCGCUGACUUCAAGGCUCCAUCUACGGUGAGCCUAAGCGCAGACGCUUCUUCUCUCUCCAGCGUUGCUGGCAAUGACCGUCACACCGCCUCGGAAACCCGACCCUUUACCGACUUCAAGACCUGGCUUUAUGCGACUUUCUCAUGGGGAUUCCCAGCUCCAGAUGCUUCGUCCUCUCCUGCUCCAUCCGCUGCUGCUCCAUCUGCUGCUGCUUCGUCAGCUGCUGCCUCUUACGCUGCUUCUUACGCCACUGCUGCAACGUCGAGCGCUGCUUCUUACACUGCCGCUGCUUCGCAGGCUGCUUCUUCUGCACCUGCCGCUUCUGCCGCAGCGCCUGCUGCUACCGACGCUCCCUCAUCCUCUUAUGCCGCUCCAGCUCCCGCUGCAAACAAGGACGAUGAGACUGGAGAGGUGGCUGCUACGCCUGCUGACAACGGCGCCGAGUAUCUUUCUCCUGUUACCAUCGGUGGCCAGAAACUCAAUCUGAACUUUGAUACCGGAUCUUCAGACCUCGCCUUCGACCCUUCCAAGAGCUCGUCUUACCAAGAGCUUUCUGGUCAAAGCUUCAGCCUUUCAUACGGUGAUGGCAGCGGUGCUGCAGGUGUUGUGGGUACUGAUACUGUCGACAUUGGUGGUGCAACUGUGACUCGUCAAGCCAUCGAACUGGCCACUUCCGUGUCGAGCGCUUUCGUCUCAGACGCCGACUCGGAUGGCCUCGUCGGGCUUGCAUUCUCAACCCUCAACUCGGUUUCUCCUACACCUCAAAAGACUUUCUUCGACAAUAUCAUGUCUGAGUUAGCACAGCCUGUCUUUACAGCAUGUCUGGACCUUGAUGGAAGCGGAACGUACGAGUUCGGCACCAUUGACUCUUCCAAAUUCACGGGCGACUUGCAUUUCACGCCUGUAAAUGCAGCCUCUGGGUUCUGGCAGUUCGACAGCAACUGCUACAGCAUUGGCGGCAAGACUUUCAACAGAACCAACGCUACACCUGCCAUUGCCGACACUGGUACCAGUCUGCUGCUGCUCGAUCCCGAGGUUGUUCAGGCAUACUAUAACCAGGUGCCAAGCGCCAACUACGAUAGCACUGUUGGUGGCUACACAUACGAUUGUUCGGAAAACUUGCCUGAUUUCGCAGUGGCUGUCGGAGACAACUACAUGGCUAACAUCCCUGGUUCGGGUAUCACAUUCUCUCCAGUUGACUCGAAGACUUGCUUUGGUGGUAUUCAGAGCAACUCGGGCAGUGACGUCCAAAUCUUUGGCGACGUGCUGCUCAAGCAUCACUUCGUUGUGUUCCAUGGAGAGUCGAACCUUUUGGGCAUGGCUGCCAAGGCCGAGUAG